CCAAUUUUUGGCGGUCUGACAGCGAUGUGGCAAUGCUUUUGUUAAUACUCUGUGCAAUUUUUAUAAAAAAACAAAAAACUUGUGAUUAAAGUUCAAUAUUACAAUAAAAGCACUCGGUCAACAUGUGUUUUAAGAUGAGUCCGGUCUUAAGACUUCAAAUCGAGCUAAAAAUGCAGUAAGAACAGGAAACGCCAGCCAAAAUACUCUACACAGAACCGAGGAACCUGUGGAAUCAACCUUAUAUUUCUGUCUUGCUUAGGAUUUUAUAGCCCAAUAAAGGGUUGCACAAUUGAGAUGUCCGAACCCUUGGUUGUUUGCGUCUGCGACUACUGGCAGCGGUGCCACUUCCACAACCGUCCCAGCCGAGAGGCCGGCGACUCCAGCCGGGAAUCGAAAUCACUGCGGAGGAUGUGCAUCCAGGUGGACGCCAUCAAUGGUAACUACUACCUGCGCGAGUUCCUCCAGCAAAAGGAGCUGGCCCUGCGUCUCAAGCGGCAGCACGGCGUCCAGUUGGUCUGGCUGUCCUUCGAGCCCCCGAAAAGGGACACUGUGGACUACCGGUUCGCGGAUAUCCUGGCACACACCCUGUGGGAGCACAUCGAGGUGGAGCACCUCAUGUCCUGGCUCUCCACCCUGGGCGGUGGAUUCUCCGCCCUGGGGGAGCAGUUCGAGCGAUGCGCGGAGACGGCGGGCAAGAUCUCGCUGCAGCAGCUGAAGAUUGGCCUGCGCCUCGGAGAUCCCUUCCUGCAGGCUCGCUGCAAGCUGUACUUCAGCAUCUCGCUGAUCCAGCGUGGCCAGCUCCGAGCGGCGAAGCACUUGAUCCGGGAGCAGUACGCCUUUGCGAGGAGCAACGCCGAGAAGGAUGUGCGCCUGGUGCGGAUGUGCCUGGGCAUUUGGCAGCGAUUGAGCUACGAGUACGAGCAGCGGCAGAUGCGAAAAAAGUGCAAUUAAGGCCGACGGGCGGCAAAGUGUUAGUUUUGAUUAUUCCAAUUGUAAAUUGUAGGUAAAGUGAAAUGUUUUCAAUAUAUUUAUUAAAUAUGUAAUUGUAUAUACGUAAAAAAUGCAUUUACAUUAUUCAUUUGUUUA